UCUGCUUCAUCAAGCAAGCGAGCGACCCACCGCUACUCUGCUCGGGACAACGGAAAAGAGAAGAUGGCCGUCUCAGUCUGCCUCGGCUCAUCCCCAUCCACUCCUCUGCUGCCGCCGCUCCUCUUCCUCUUCUUCCUCUUCUGCUCCCUCCCGUCGCUCGCCUCCGCCUGCGACCGCUGCGCGCACCACUCCAAGGCCGCCUUCUACACCUCCUCGCUCACCCUCGCCGCCGGCUCCUGCGGGUAUGGCACGGCGGCCGCCUCCUUCAACGGCGGCUUGCUCGCCGCCGCCGGCACGGCCCUGUACCGCGGCGGCGUCGGCUGCGGCGCGUGCUUCCAGGUGAGGUGCAAGGACAAGAAGCUCUGCAGCGGUGCCGGCGCCAGGGUGGUCGUGACGGACCGCGCGAGGACGAGGACGAACCGCACGGACCUUGUGCUGAGCAGCCCGGCGUUCGCCGCCAUGGCCCGCCCCGGCAUGGCCGCGCGGCUCACCAAGCUCAGCGCCGUCGACGUCGAGUACAAGAGGGUGCCGUGCGAGUACAAGGGCAAGAACCUCUCGCUGCGUGUGGAGGAGCGGAGCCGCGCGCCGAACAAGCUCGCCGUCCGGUUCCUCUACCAGGGCGGCCAGACCGACAUCGUCGCCGUCGACGUCGCGAAGGUGGGGUCGUCGAGCUGGAAGUUCAUGACGCGGGAGCACGGACCGGCGUGGAGCACGCGGCAGGCGCCGGCGGGGCCGCUGCAGUUCAGGGUGGUGGUGACUGGCGGGUACGACGGCAAGUGGGUGUGGGCCGACCGCGAGGUGCUGCCGCGACGGUGGCGCGCCGGCGAGGUCUACGACACGGGGGUCCAGAUCACCGAUAUCGCGCAGGAGGGCUGCUUCCCGUGCGACACCCACGAGUGGAGGUGAAAGCAAAUCGGGGAUAGUAAACAAACAAACGAUCGCCAACAUGGAGCCGAAGAAGAUGCUGCUGCUGGCUCCUCGUUUUGGCCGGGCUACGCACGCACGAAGGAUCGCAGCACAGCACCACACCAGACAGGGGAGGUGAUUAAUUUAGUUUCACACGAGAUGAUGACUCGUAGCGGUAGCGUCCUGCUGAUCCAUCGGCAACUUUGGCUGCCGCCUUUUCUUAUUUUCUUUUCUCCUUGUUUUGUGAGCCUUGUGUAUAUACUCACAUACUUACAUGAGCUGCUGACGUGAAUGAAGGGAAGAUAAGUAAGUAAA